AGAGCCAGCUCCAGCAGGCGCUGCUCACUCCUCCCCUUCCUCUCCCUCUGUCCCUCUGUCCCUCUGUCCCUGCACUGUCCCAGCACUAUGAGGCCUGUCUCAGGUCCCGGCCUCCUGCUCCUGCUACUAACCCACCUCCCGCUGGCUCUGGGGAGUCCCAUGUACUCUAUCAUCACUCCCAACAUUCUGCGGCUGGAGAGCGAGGAGACCGUGGUGCUGGAGGCCCAUGACGUGAAUGGGGAUGUUCCGGUCACUGUCACUGUCCACGACUUCCCAGGCAAAAAACUAGUGCUGUCCAAUGAGAAGACCGUGCUGACCCCUGCCACCAGCCACAUAGGCAGCGUCACCAUCAGGAUUCCCGCCAACAAGGAGCUCAAGCCAGACAAGGGGCAAAACAAGUUCGUGACCGUCCAGGCGUCCUUCGGGGCCAACGUGGUGGAGAAGGUGGUGCUAGUCAGCCUUCAGAGUGGGUACCUCUUCAUCCAGACGGACAAGACCAUCUACACCCCCGGCUCCACAGUUCUCUGUCGGAUCUACACCGUCAACCACAAGCUGCUACCCGUGGGCCGGACGGUCGUGGUCAACAUUGAGAACCCGGAAGGCAUCCCCGUCAAGCAGAACUCCCUGUCUUCUCAAAACCAGUUUGGCAUCUUGCCCUUGUCUUGGGACAUUCCAGAACUCGUCAACAUGGGCCAGUGGAAGAUUAAAGCCUUCUAUGAAAAUUCACCACAGCAAGUCUUCUCGGCUGAGUUUGAGGUGAAGGAAUACGUGCUGCCCAGUUUCGAGGUCAUAGUGGAGCCUGCAGAGAAAUUCUACUACAUCUAUAACCAGAAGGGCUUGGAGGUCACCAUCACCGCCAGGUUCCUCUAUGGGAAGAAAGUGCAGGGAACUGCCUUUGUCAUCUUCGGGGUCCAGGACAGCGAGCAGAGGAUUUCCCUGCCUGAAUCCCUCAGGCGCAUUCCGAUUGAGGAUGGCUCAGGGGAUGCCUUGCUGGAACGGCAGGUACUGCUGGAUGGGGUGCAGAACGCCCGAGCCGAGGACCUGGUGGGGAAGUCUUUGUACGUGUCCGUCACUGUCAUCCUGCACUCAGGCAGUGACAUGGUGCAGGCAGAACGCAGUGGGAUCCCCAUCGUGACCUCCCCCUACCAGAUCCACUUCACCAAGACACCCAAGUACUUCAAACCAGGAAUGCCCUUUGACCUCAUGGUGUUCGUGACAAACCCCGAUGGCUCUCCAGCCUACCGAAUCCCCGUGGCAGUCCAGGGAGAGGAAAACGUGCAGUCUCUAACCCAGGCAGACGGUGUGGCGAAACUCAGCAUCAACACACACCCCAGCCAGAAGCCCCUCAGCAUCACGGUGCGCACCCAGAAGCAGGGGCUCUCGGAGGCAGAGCAGGCCACCAGGACCAUGCAGGCGGAGCCCUACAAAACCAUGGGCAAUUCCAACAACUACCUGCACCUGUCAGUGUCACGCACGGAGCUCAGGCCGGGGGAGACCCUCAACGUCAACUUCCUCCUGCGGAUUGACCGCGCCCAGGAGGCCAAGAUCCGCUACUACACCUACCUGAUCAUGAACAAGGGCAAGCUAUUGAAGGUGGGGCGCCAGGCGAGAGAGCCCGGCCAGGACCUGGUGGUGCUGCCGCUGUCCAUCACCACCGACUUCAUCCCGUCCUUCCGCCUGGUGGCCUACUACACACUGAUCGGCGCCAGCGGCCAGAGGGAGGUGGUGGCUGACUCCGUGUGGGUGGACAUCAAGGACUCCUGCGUGGGCUCGGUAAGCGCCCGGGUCUGCUCCCUCCCUCUCCCCGCUCUUUCUCCUUUUCUCUCUCCUCUUCUCACCCUUUUUCUCCCUCUGGCUGAAAGCAGAGGUCAGAGCAGACCAGACACAGAGACGGUUGAAGCUGAAGAUGGGAAUGAGUACUCCUGCCUUGGCAACAAGAGCAAAACUCCAUCUGAAAAAAAAGAAAAGUCAUGCAGGGGCAGGAAUGGGAGAGAUGAGGGUGAGACGAGGUGGGGUCAUUCGGGAAGGGAUGCGCAGGUCCAUUUGGGUGAUCCCAACUGCUGGCCUGGCCACCCUGUGUUCUCCCACCCCGGUGCCCCCCACCUCCCGAAGAUCUGGGAUGUGGUGGAGAAGGCAGACAUCGGCUGCACCCCGGGCAGUGGGAAGGACUACGACGGUGUCUUCCUGGAUGCAGGGCUGGCGUUCAAGAGCAGCACUGGCCAGCAGACCUCCCAGAGGUCAGAACUUCAGUGCCCAAAGCCAGCCGCCCGCCGACGCCGGUCUGUGCAGCUCAUGGAGAAGAGGAUGGACAAAGCCGGCCAGUACUCCAAGCAGCUGCGCAAGUGCUGUGAGGACGGCAUGCGGGAGAACCCCAUGAGGUUCUCGUGCCAGCGCCGAACCCGCUUCAUCACCCUGGGCGAGGCGUGCGUCAAGGCCUUCCUGGACUGCUGCAACUACAUCACCGAGCUGCGGCGGCAGUACGAGCGCGCCAGCCACCUGGGCCUGGCCAGGAGUGACCUGGAUGAGGACAUCAUCCCGGAAGAGCACAUUGUUUCCCGAAGCGAGUUCCCAGAGAGCUGGCUGUGGAAGAUUGAAGACUUGAAAGAGCCACCGAAAAAUGGAAUCUCAACGAAGCUCAUGAAUAUAUUUUUGAAAGACUCCAUCACCACUUGGGAGAUUCUGGCCGUGAGCUUGUCGGACAAGAAAGGGAUCUGUGUGGCAGACCCCUUCGAGGUGACGGUCAUGCAGGACUUCUUCAUCGACCUGCGGCUACCCUACUCUGUCGUUCGAAACGAGCAGGUGGAAAUCCGAGCCGUUCUCUACAAUUACCGGGAGAAGGAAGAUCUCAAGGUGAGGGUGGAGCUGCUCCACAACCCAGCCUUCUGCAGCCUGGCCACUGCCAAGAGGCGUCACCAGCAGACUGUCACCGUCCCCCACAAGUCCUCGGUGUCCAUUCCCUAUGUCAUCGUGCCCCUAAAGACUGGCCUGCAGGAAGUAGAAGUCAAGGCUGCCGUCUACCAUUUUUUCAUCAGUGACGGUGUCAAGAAGUCCCUGAAGGUCGUGCCGGAAGGAAUCAGGAUGAACAAAACUGUGGCUGUUCGCACGCUGGAUCCAGAACACCUGGGCAAUGAAGGAGUACAGAAAGAGGACGUCCCACCUGCAGAUCUCAGCGACCAAGUCCCGGACACAGAGUCUGAGACCAGAAUUCUCCUGCAAGGGAACCCGGUGGCCCAGAUGACAGAGGAUGCCAUCGACGGGGACCGGUUGAAGCACCUCAUCGUGACCCCCUCGGGCUGCGGGGAACAGAACAUGAUUGGCAUGACACCCACGGUCAUCGCGGUGCAUUACCUGGAUCAAACGGAGCAAUGGGAGAAGCUCGGCCUGGAGAAGCGGCAGGGGGCCGUGGAGCUCAUCAAGAAGGGGUACACACAGCAGCUGGCCUUCAAACAACCCAGCUCUGCCUAUGCGGCCUUCCUGGACCGGCCACCCAGCACCUGGCUGACCGCCUACGUGGUCAAGGUCUUCUCUCUGGCCGUCAACCUCAUUGCCAUCGACUCCCAAGUCCUCUGCGGGGCUGUUAAAUGGCUGAUCCUGGAGAAACAGAAGCCUGACGGGGUCUUCCAGGAGGAUGGGCCCGUGAUACACCAAGAAAUGAUUGGUGGCUUCCGGAACACUCAGGAGAAAGACAUGGCCCUCACGGCCUUCGUUCUCAUCUCGCUGCAGGAGGCUAAAGAUAUUUGCGAGGAGCUUGUCAACAGCCUGCCAGGCAGCAUCACUGACGCAGGAAACUUCCUUGAAGUCAACUACAUGAACCUACAGAGAUCCUACACGGUGGCCAUCGCUGGCUAUGCCCUGGCCCAAUUGGACAAACUGAAGGGGCCUCUUCUCAACAAAUUUCUGAGCACGGCCAAAGAUAAGAACCGCUGGGAGGAGCCUGGUCAGCAGCUCUACAAUGUGGAGGCCACAUCCUAUGCCCUCUUGGCCCUCCUGCAUCUAAAAGACUUUGACUCUGUGCCUCCCGUCGUGCGUUGGCUCAAUGAGCAGAGAUACUACGGUGGUGGCUAUGGCUCUACCCAGGCCACCUUCAUGGUGUUCCAAGCCUUGGCCCAAUACCAAAAGGACGUCCCUGACCACAAGGAACUGAACCUGGAUGUGUCCCUCCAACUGCCAAGCCGCAGCUCCAAGAUCACUCACCGUAUCCAUUGGGAAUCAGCCAGCCUCCUGCGAUCAGAAGAGACCAAGGAAAAUGAGGGUUUCACUGUCACAGCUGAAGGAAAAGGCCAAGGUACCUUGUCGGUGGUGACAAUGUACCAUGCUAAGGUCAAAGGUCAACUCACCUGUAAUAAAUUCGACCUCAGGGUCACCAUAACACCAGCGCCGGAAACAGAAAAGAGGCCUCAGGAUGCCAAGAACAGUAUGGUCCUUAAUAUCUGUACCAGGUACCUGGGAGACCAGGAUGCCACUAUGUCUAUACUGGACAUAUCCAUGAUGACUGGCUUCGCUCCAGACACAGAAGACCUCAAGAAGCUGGCCAGUGGCGUUGACAGAUACAUCUCCAAGUAUGAGCUGGACAAAGCCUUCUCCGAUAGGAACACCCUCAUCAUCUACCUGGAAAAGGUCUCACACUCCGAGGAAGACUGUCUGUCUUUCAAAGUUCACCAGUAUUUUAACAUAGAGCUUAUCCAGCCUGGUGCGGUCAAGGUUUACGCCUAUUACAACCUGGAGGAAAGCUGUACACGGUUCUACCACCCAGAAAAGGAGGAUGGAAAGCUGGACAAGCUCUGCCGGGAUGAACUGUGCCGCUGUGCUGAGGAGAAUUGCUUCAUGCAAAAGUCAGGAGACAAGGUCACCCAGGAGGAAAGGCUGGACAAGGCCUGCGAGCCAGGAGUGGACUAUGUGUACAAGACCCGACUGGUCAAGAUCCAGCUGUCCAAUGACUUUGACGAGUACAUCAUGGCCAUUGAGCAGAUCAUCAAGUCAGGCACGGAUGAGGUGCAGGUUGGACAGCAGCGCACAUUCAUCAGCCCCAUCAAGUGCAGAGAAGCCCUGAACCUGGAGAAAGGGAAACUCUACCUCAUGUGGGGCCUCUCCUCCGACUUCUGGGGAGAGAAACCCAACCUCAGCUAUAUCAUCGGGAAGGACACUUGGGUGGAGCACUGGCCGGAGGACGACGAAUGCCAAGACGAAGAGAACCAGAAACAAUGCCAGGAACUGGGCUCCUUCACGGAGAACAUGGUUGUCUAUGGGUGCCCCAACUGACCACACCCCCAUUCCCCCACUCCCAAUAAAGCUUGUUAUAUUUCA